AGGUAGGUAGCCCAUUUGCUACUGCCGACAACUAGACCCGAGCACGGUUGCAUGUGAACCAUCAAGAACGAAGAGAACCAGCGCGAGGAGAGAGAAAAGCGCAAGAGGGUGUCCGUACGAGCGCGAGAGAGCGAGAGAGAGAGAGCGUACAGAAAGGAAAAAAACUUUAGUAACUAUGGCCCUGUCAGCAACUCCCCCGGUGCUUUCGCCGACCUCCACUCCGGGGUCCGGCGGCUUAUUCCGCCCAGAUCCCCUGUACUCUAGUCCCGACGAGUCUCCCAGACUGACAAGCAGCAUGAUCAACUCUUUCAUCAACAGCGGUGGCGGCGGUGGUGGAAACGGGAACAGCUCCAGCGGCAAUAACGAGUGCAAAAUGGUGGAGGUCCAUGGGGUCAAAGUAGCCUCUUUCACCGUGGACGGUCAGGAGCUAAUAUGCCUGCCGCAGGUUUUCGACCUCUUCUUGAAACAUCUGGUCGGAGGGUUGCACACCGUGUACACCAAGCUGAAGCGCCUGGAUAUAUGUCCCGUCGUUUGCACCGUGGAACAGGUCCGUAUCCUUCGCGGUCUCGGGGCUAUUCAGCCCGGCGUGAAUCGUUGCAAACUCAUCUCCCGCAAAGACUUCGAGGCUUUGUACAACGACUGCACAAAUGCCAGCUCCAGGCCCGGUCGUCCUCCCAAGCGUUCCCUGGGGGUACCCAUGCAGGACACCUCCAGGCUCCUGCCCCAUGGUGUGCACGGCCUGCUCUCCCCCGGCCUGCUCUCCCACACAGGUCUGACUGCGGCGGCGAUGGCCGAGGCCAUGAAGCUGCAGAAGAUGAAGCUGAUGGCCAUGAACAGCAUCCACGGCGCCAGCAGCCAGAACGGCACCGAGUCCGAGAACGAGGAGCUCAACUCCAACGCAGGCGGCAGUGAGUCCUCCUGGGACAAGGAGAAGCUGCAGUCCCCCCCCUCUGGGCAGCACGGCCUGGGUCACGCGGGCCUGGCCGCCCAGCACGGCUUCUCCAGCGCCCACCUUAGCUCCCUGCAGCAGAACCACCUGCUGGCCAACCGUCUGGAUCUGCCCUUCAUGAUGAUGCCCCACCCCCUGCUGCCCGUCAGUCUGCCACCAGCCUCCGUUGCCAUGGCGAUGAACCAGAUGAACCACCUGAACACCAUCGCCAACAUGGCGGCUGCCGCUCAGAUGCACAGUCCACUGUCCCGAGCCGGAGCGUCUGUCAUCAAGGCGUUCCAGGAGUGUGUGCAGGACAGCCCUUCUCCGACUCCAUCCCUGGAGGAAGGUCCUCGCCCGGCCUCCCAGCCCUCCUCACACUCCCACCCCAGCAGCUCUGCCUCCAGCUCCCCCAACCCACACACACACAGCCCCCAGCGCCUGGUGCUGAAUCCUGCUGAUGGGGAUAUGGACACUGGCAUUAGCAUGAAGAAGAUCUUGAAAGAGAAAGAAGAGGCUCAGCUGGCAGUCCCCAUGAUGAAGCCAGGCUUUGAGAAGUUGCCCCAGACUCUUCCUCCAGGCUUCCCCGCCCCCUUCAUCUUUGCUGACGGCCUCUCCUCUGUGGAGACUCUGCUCACCAACAUCCAGGGCCUGCUGAAGGUGGCCGUCGAUAAUGCCCGUGUGCAGGAGAAACAUGUGCAGCAGGAGCGCAAGGAGCUGAAGAUGGAGCUCUACAGAGAGAGGGAGAUGAGAGAGAGCCUGGAGAGGCAACUCACUUCUGAACUGCACAGCCGAGCCACCAUCCAGAAGCGUCUGAAGAAGGAGAAGAAGGCCAAGAGGAAACUGCAGGAGGCGCUGGAGUUUGAGUCCAAGCGCCGGGAGCAGGUGGAGCAGGCGCUCAAGCAGGCCACCACCUCAGACAACCUGCGGAUGAGCCUCAACGAGGCUGUGAUACCAGAUGUGGAGCCUGAGCACAACGGUAAUCAGCAGGAAAACUCCACUGUACAAGAGAACAGACCUCCCUUCUCCAAGCCCCCCAUCAUGUACUGAGAAGGGGCUCCGCGCGGCUAGAGUGUCCGACUGAGGGGGGCUGAGCGAGGGUUUGCCCCACGGAAACACUCCUCUGGCUGGGACAUGUCUGAGCGGUGAUGAGGGGAACAGCAGGAGCUUCUCACUGGGGGGAUCCUCAACCAUCCUCACGCUGAAAACAAAAUGGUGUACAGGACUGAAGAGAGAAACAUUUAACAGUUUGAACGAGAGAGUGAGUGAGCGAGUGAAGGGAUGAAAGAGGGAAUGUGUUCUUCUACAUAUAUGUAAAAGGUUGUGUGUGUGAGCGAUUGAGUAUGUGUGUGUGUGUGUGUGUGUGUGUGUGUGUGUGUGUGUGAGCGUGUGUGUGUGUGUCUGUGUGUGACUGGGGAGGUGCAACGAUGCACAGUGAAGGGUGUGUGUCAGGAGCCCUCUCUCGCAUCCUUUCUCCAUGAUCUUGUACAAAAAGGAAAUAGAAACCUCCCUUGAAUCUCCUUAUUUGACUACUUCUACGUUCCUAUCUUUUUUUUUUGAUUGUUUUUUUCCAGGCUAAAAAUAGAAGGACCUUUUUUUCUCGGAAUUAAAAGAACAUUCCCAAAUUGUUCUUGACUCUGUGAAGCACAUAAAACGGCCUCUCUUUCCAUCCGUGCUACAUGUUCACUCUUUCUCCUUACACCAUUAUUAUUGUUGUUGUUAUAUUGUUGUUGUUGUUAUUGUUAUUAUUAUAAUUAUUAUUAUUAUUAUUUGGCUUUGACCUUUCUUUUUACCCUAUUGCACCAGUGUUUCGCAGUUGCACAACAGCCUUGCAAAAUCUUUGCGUGACAAUGUCCUUUAGAGAUGGAGACAUGGCAUUGGGGACAUGACAUGGACAGCAUCAAGCAUUCAAAAAGACCAGCAUCUUCACAAGAAAGGACAAAGGACAAAAAAAAAAAAAAAUUGAAUGGGAGGAAUUUUUUAUUCCUCUUCUAAGAGUUUUCUUCGUUUUCUUUUUAUCGUUUGUUUUUGUUGAAAAAAAAAAGAUGUAGAAGCGAAACAGUUCCCUCACUGUCUGACAUGGCUGCCACCAUGAUGUUGUUCUACUCCCAUGCUGUUCAUGCCUCCAGUGUUUUUUUUGAUGUUGUUGAAUUGUUUGUUGGUGUAUUUUUUUUUUUUUCCGAUUGACACUCUUGUUUGAAUGCACAGGAAAUGAGGUGGCAAAUCGUCUUAUUUCCAUCUGUCCUCAUAGCCCCCUUCAGUAAUGGUUAUAUAUUGCUCCUUUAUGAGUUAAACAAGAACAUUGUUGAGUUAUUGUUGCUAUAAAUACAGUAUUACAGUAACACCCCUCCUGUUUUUACCCUCGUUUAUAAAGACUUGUAAAAAAAGGCUUUAGCGUUUGCUACUCUGAUGUUGUAAUGAAGUGAUACAUUUUUAGUGAGAUUUAAAAACAAAAAAAGAUGGUAAAAGAUAAGAAAACAAGUACCCUAAUGCACAUUUGAUGCAAGCAUGCUUGUAGAUACAACACUGAUGAUAAAAAUACACGUACACAAAAAAAAGGAAAAAAAAAAAAGAAACAGCUGCCAGUUUAAAUCUAUUUUUUGAAAAGGUUUUGGGGAACCCAUUAGUAUCCUAAUCAUGGUCAGGCAGCUAAUCAAUGAUGUUGACCUUCUUUCAAAAGUUCAUGACAUUACCACAUAUCACACCCUUGCACAUAACAUAAAUAAAUAAAACAUCCAUAUGGACAACUUUGGUAGAUUUGUUUUCUGUUUUUGUUUGAGUUUUUUAAGUAAUAAAAAAUUGAAACUGAAACAUUA